AUGGCUCAAACUUGGUCAAAUACUUUAUUGAUGUUAAGAAUAUUAAUGACAAAAACAUCAAAGCAAAACGGAGCAUGUACACUAUCAAAUAGAGCCAGUCGGUUCAGUCAAAACCCAUCCAAGGGCACUCCCGGACCUGGUUAUUAUGAAGUAUAUUCAAGUCAAUCUCCCCACACAAUUCUCAAUGAUCCCCUUAAAUUUCCUCGUCAUAAUGUACUAAGAAUAACUCGUAAAUGUUUGCCACCCUCGAUUCCUGAUCCGAAAUAUUCGUAUGGUUUCGAAGAAGAUGAUGAUGGUAAUCUCAUUCCACACGAUCAAAUUACUGCAGAUACGAGAACAAGUCAAGAUGUUUCGAAUGUAAAAGAAAAUGUAGAAAAGGAUCCGUCUAAACUUUAUCAAGGCGUUCAUUUCGGUAAAUAUUCUAGUAAACGUACAGACUUUGCGGCUAAACCGGGACCUGGGCCAGGUGAUUAUGAUAUAUCAAGUCCACUCAAAUUAGAAGUCUAUCAUAUAAAUACGAAGCUACUUGAUAAACGAUCUGAGUUAAAACUACCACGUUAUCCUGAAAGUAUGAUGAAAACAGCAACAAAAGAUGGUAUCCCUGGACCUGGUCAAUACUCUAUAAAACGCGAACUUGAUCCAGAACCAUCAAAACCUGAGAUAAUUGGUAUCGAAGUUGAUCGACCACCGUUUGGCUCUCAAACUCAACGCUUUGCUGACUCCUCUACAGAUGUGCCAGGUCCAGGUGCUUACAAUGAUAAAUUUUUAUCGAUAUUCAAUAGUAGUCAAGUCAAACCAACGACUAUUAAACAAGUGCCAUUCAAUCAGACAACUUCUAGAUUUGUCUCCCCAAAUUAUAGAACGAGAAGUCUGCCCGGUCCAGCUCAAUAUCGUAUUGCUGGAUUUGCUGAUGAAAAUUUACGGCAAGCGGUAAAAAAAAAUGGGAAGAAACCGCCGUUCAACGUUGCAUCUGUACGUAGAUUUAAUAUGGCGCCUAAAGACGAAACUGAGCGACCUGGUCCAACUACUUAUGACGUAAAAACUGAACCAUUCAAACCAACUGGUGAACAUCCAACAGCAAAUUUUGCGUCUAACACAGCGAGAGAUCUCGUUAUCGAAGAUAUUCCUGGUCCAGCUGCAUAUGAUGUUCCACAUGCUUAUCAAUCGUUAGUAUCUCAACCACGAAAAUCACCCCGAACGAAGGCUGCUCGUCAACGACAGAGUCAAUUCUUGAGCGCUGCGAAACGCACAUAUGCAAGUGAUACCGAUGUUGAUAUACCUGGACCUGGCACCUACGAUAGUCUUGCUCCACUACAACCACGUGGAUACGCACCUGUCCGUGCAUCUCGUUUUCGUAACGAGAUUCCUAAAAUGCCUGGUCCAGCCGAUUACGAAUUAUCGCCAUUGUUACAAGAUACUGUCCUUCGUGGUACAUUCAAUGCAACUUUAAACAAUCCUAUUCUAGCUAAAAUACAAGAACGUGCUCUACGAGAAGAUGAAGCAAUGUUGACUGCUGCUUCCUAG